GUCUUUGAAGCCAUAAUGUCUUGGGUGAAGCGAGACCUUGACCAGCGGAGCGACCACCUACCUGAGCUGCUCACCAAGGUACGAAUGCCUCUCCUCACGCCCCAGUACCUGACUGACUGCGUGGGAACUGAGAACCUGAUACGGUCAUCCCACGAGUGCAGAGAUCUCCUGGACGAAGCAAAAGACUACCACCUGAUGCCUGAACGCCGUCCACUCCUUCAAAGCUUCAGAACAAGACCUAGAUGCUGUAAUGAUAUUGUAGGCCUUAUUUAUGCGGUCGGUGGCCUUACUAAAUCAG